GGCCUCCGCCCGCAGCAGACAUUCCACUCGUCCGACAUCAAGAGUCCGCUCUUCCAGGUCAACACCUUCAAGCCCCACGCGGUGGAUGGCAACCCCUACAUCUUCAUGACCCCGUCCGUCAAGGACCAGUCGUCGGGCGUCCAGAUCUUCUCGCGCAAGGACCUCUCCCUGGUGUACGCCCAGUACGGGUGGAAGUCGACCAACAACUUCCGACCGCAGGAGUUCAACGGCAAGCAGUACCUCUCCUUCUGGCAGGGCGAGCCGGCCACCGGCCACGGCCUUGGCCAGGGCAUCCUCCUGGACGAGCACUACGACGUGGCCUACAACAUCUCAAUCAACGCCUUCAACUCACGCGCUGACUCGCACGAGUUCCAGCUGACCCACGAUGGCGGCGCCAUGUUCUCCGUCUACGAGACCGUCCGCAACUGGGACAUGCGUCCGGUGGGUGGGCCCGAAGACGGCGUCCUCCAGGACUCGGCGUUUGAGGAGGUCGACGUGGUCACCGGCGAGACACGGUUCGCAUGGCGUGCCUCGGACUGGUUCUCGAUCGAGGACACGACGGUGGGCUACAACGACGUCGAGGACUACGGCCACCCCACGCACGACGACGGCUGGGACUUUUUCCACAUCAACAGCCUCGAGAAGACGCGCGACGGCAACUACCUCGUCAGCGGGCGCCGGUGCAAGGUCCUGACGCUCAUCAACGGCACCUCGGGCGUGCCCAUCUGGAUCAUUGGCGGCAAGAGGAACCAGUACGCCGACCUCUCCGACGGCAUGGCCACCAACUUUGCCUACCAGCACCACGCCCGCUUCGACAAUGACGACGAGACCGAGAUUGUCAUGUUUGACAAUGCGCAGCUGGCCAACACGCAGCCCAGCCCCGGCUGCCAGGCCGAGUGCUCGCGCGGCCUGCACAUCCGCAUGAACCACGAGAACAAGACAGCCGAGGUUGUCCGCUCCUACUGGCACCCCAAGAGCGUCCAGGCGCGCGCCGAGGGCGGCGUCGACAGGCAGCCUAACGGUAACCUGCUCGUCGGCUGGGGUAAGGUCCCCGGCUUUACCGAGUUCUCCCGCGAGGGCGAGGUCCUCCUGGACGUGCAGACGGGCCCGUGGACGGCGGACGGCAACGCACACGUCUACCGCAUCUACAGCCGCGACUGGGAGGCGUAUCCGCCCUGGGACCCCGAGGUGGCUCUUUUUGAGAGCAACCUGUACGUCAGCUGGAACGGUGCCACCGAGUUGGCGUACUGGGCUAUG